AUGCCGUAUGGGUCAUCCGGCGCUGGGCCAUCCACCCCCUCCGCAUCUCUCACUCGGCGCCCACAAGGUGCUCGUCGUCGCGGCCUCCCCAGCCUCGUCAUUGCCAACCCAGACAACUCAGAUGAGGACGGCGAUUCUCCUCCAAAAACGAAUACCCAGCGGUCACCGUCUGGUGCAGGGGCUUCCCCCGUCAGCGUAGCCUCGAGCUCGGGCAGGGGAAAUGUCCCCAUCCCCCAGCCGCCAUCCCCGUCGCUAAGCGUCAAGGACCGGGGCAAUCUUCCCUACCCUUCAAUACCAGCCCCUCAAUCAUCACCGCUACCUACGAUAUCGGCAUUCCCCAGCCCCCAGCCGCUCAUUCCUACCUUAUUGCCCUCGCAAUCGGCGUACGGGCCUCCAGAUCUAUCUCCAGCCCCCCCGCAGCCUCCACCACAACCGCAGCGACAUCUACAACGUGCUUUUACGACACCUAUACCUGAGCCCGUACCCCGACCGCAUGCUGAACAUUCAGCUAGCGCCGGCGUCUACCCUCCGAGCUCACCAUCUCGCGCCCUGCCCCCGCUGCCUUCUCCUAGAGCUGCCAAUCGCCAAACCACACUCCCAUCUCCACAGAGCCAUCACCCACCAUAUUUUCAAGGGCGUGUGUCGAGCCCUGACGAUCUGAUUAGCCCUGCGACUGGGAGUGAGGGUGGAGGAAGUAUUAUGAGUGUGAAUAUGGCUCAUAGGAAUCGGUCCGGGUCGGUGCAGGGGCAGCAGGUGCGUCUGCAAGUGACCACGGACAAUGAGGCGUUUCAUCUGGUGGAUAUCACGGGCAUGAACACGGCAGAAGGGAUACGCGAAAAAGUCUUCUCAAAGCUACGGAUACGUGACGAUGACUAUCCUACGCUGUCCAUGUACAGGACAGAGAUCGGCGAGGCAGCAGACGAGACGCCUAUUCUGCCCGCUGCCCUUCUCAGUCUCUGCAGUACCCUUGGUGAUUCGAGAGCCAGCCUCAAGUUCCUCGUCAAGCAGACCGAUGUUCCUCCGUCCACAGCUGCCUCGGUCAUUCCACCUGUCGCCCCCCAGAAUGAUUACUCCUACAGCCGGCGAUCAGGCAUGACUCCUAUCACUACAGAUCUUCCCAAUCCCCUCCUCGACCGUGUCACGAGCCGGCAUUCAAAGGAAGGCAAUGCGGACGAGUGGGGGAUUUCGAGAAGUGCGAGAAAGCCGAGUGUCUCAAACGCUGGAGUACGGCUAUCAAACUCCACGGGGGGCUCAAAGUCGCCCAUCACCGAACAUUCAAACUCUGUGGGCACAAGCUCUCCAGCUAUACCGACACCUCCUGUAGUGCUCCAAGGCAUCCCACUACAAAUACGAGAACCAUCUAUAUUGUCUUCAUCCCCAUCCAGCCGACCAUCUAGCAACAACUAUGAUGCGACAUCCCCUAUUGACCACUCCAAGUCUACUCCGAUCCUGGUCCACUCUGGCCCUUCCAACGAAAACAUUUAUUCCGGCAACGCUUCGGCUGGUCCUAGCAACCGCUCGAGAAUGGACCAGCAGGGUCUUGGUCUCAGCUUGGACGAUGACAUGGACCCCGAGACGAGAGCUCUGAUCGAGCAGCUGCAGAGAGAAGAGCUAGAUGCCCAACGGGAAGAGGAUGAGCGGAAGAGAAAAGACGAAGAGCUGGCCAUCAGGGAGCAGCAGAGCGAGAGAGAGCUAUGGGAGAUGAUGCAGCAGAUGCAGAGGGAGAAGAGGCAAAGAGAGCAAGCUCAGAUCGCCGAUGACGAAGCUCGAGCUAGACAAUUUGAAGCAGAGCAAAGACGAGAAGAAGAGGAGAGACAAGCCCAGGAAGCUGUACGGGCGGCCUGGGAGGCUGAACAAAGAGAACACCAAGAGAACCGAUUCCACACGUUUGAACAGGACCGGCGGCAACGGAAAAAGUUCUUCAUGGACCAAGCAAGGAAUGGGAUGUCUAUCGAGGACACGACACGCGAUGCCACAUGGACCGGCGCUGGUGCUUCCACUGACCCCAUAUUGGGCGCAAGACGGCCGUCAGAUGGUAGGGCACCGCUGAUUUCUACGCCCACACCGCGCCCCUCCCAGACUCCAAUGCCUGCGCGCCAGAACAGUCAACCUGUCUAUCCCAUACCUCCUUCUCCUUAUCCCACUGAAGGCCUUUACCCUCCGUCUCGACGGCCUUCGGCAUUCACAUCCUCACCUUAUCCUGAACCGCCCUACGAUCGGUUGAGUGACCCCCGAUUACAACAAUCCACCGGGCGGACCACCGCUCCCGGGCAAAGGUCGCAGACUGCAACUCUUCCGCGCCCGGAAUCCCAGCGAUCUCGUCACCCCUUCAGCUACGUGCCUCAUGAACAGAGCAACGAUCAUUUACAGACCCCUGCGUUACAAGGCGCUCGUUCAAUGGACAAUCUGCGAAUCAUGUCGGGUCCGCAGGGUUUAGCAUCUUCCCGCCAGAAUGCCGGAUACAGUGGACCUCCCUCCCGAACAUCCAUUACGCCUGUCUCUGCAGUGUAUGGGGAAAGGAGAAAUCUCCAGCCAGUUGCUGCGGAGCCUGCGUAUCGAAGCCCCACGUCGGAGCGUGCCGGCGACUCUCGAUAUCCAGGUAGCGUACCAAUCAGGUCUGGCUCGACGUUUCCUCUAUCGAACAUUGACACGGGCUUGGUACCAUUCCCGUCGCCGCAUCCUAGCAGCGCAAGUCCAAAAACCGCUUCUUGGCAAGGGUCAUCACAUCCUUUCAGCAGCUCCGCUCCUCGAUCUUCUCGCGGGUCCACAUUUGAUACUAGCAGUAGGCCCAACACAGUUCAUUAUGAUCGGUCGCCUCCUCCUCCAACGUCACCCGAGACGACUAUCCCUCCUCGUCGUCCAUCUACGCUAUAUGAUGAGGUCUAUCCUGCCGAUGGCACGCAGACAGCUGGUAUGGAUGGACAAUACCACCAGCGCCAUGCUACGUCUUCUUUCCCUCUCGACCAUCGAUCCAGAAGCGGCAGUUUUUCGGCCUACAGAACGUCCUCGCCGAGCCCCACAGGAGGAUACCGUCGCCCGAGCCAGACUGCACACGACAGCGACGAAUCCCAGCUUCCUUAUGCUCACGACCCGAGAUCGGAGUCUUUGUGGCUUCCAGCUACCAAGAGUGGUAAGGGGAGGAGUGACACCGAUGCGUCGUCUCUGGCAGGUACUGUCAGCAGCGAGUCGACGGUGAGACCGUCUGAAGAUAAUGACUCUAGCGACACGGCCAAGGCAGGACAAUGGGAUAAGCAUCUGCGAGAUAUGAUGGCGAGGAACGUGGGUGACGGAGAUCAAACCUUUAUGCCAAGAAAAGAUGACGAGGAUGAGGCUACACUGUUCAUCUCCGCCCCUCCGACUCAAUCUUCCACUCCUGCCCCAACUCUAAGCAGGUCUGGUGCUGUCAGGCCAUCCCCGUCAAAACCCAAUCUCAUCGUCGAUACUGCCUCUCUCGACGAGGCAACAGAUCAGCGAACUUCUCGCGACCGAAACACUGGCACACCCUCUGACAGUGCCACCGAAUCCGAAGGGACGGGUGACUUUGAGGGCUCGAGAAUCAAGCGCGGCAAAUCGUUUGCCCGUCCUAAGGAUCCCAACCAAUGGAGCUUCCGUCCUGAUCCAGAGCAGCUGUAUGAGAACCUGGACACUGUCUUUCCUCAGAUCGACCUGGAUCGCCCUCUUGUGCAGGGCUCCGAGUCGCAACCGUCAACACCUGGUGCUGAAUCUCCUAGCCGUGUGGAGAUGGUGGGUGGAAUGCUCUUACCAGUCGGCGCUGCUCCAGGGAGACAAGGCGGCCCUCAAGCCGGGACCGGGUCACGACAGUGGCAAGGCCAGCAAGGUCCGCCCAGUUCUAGCAGUGUUCACCUCUCUCCUGGUGGGUUCAACCAAAGCAAAUUCAACAAGGCAGACAAGCGCCGCUCUCUCCGUUACAUUGCUCGAGACAAACAUCUCGAUCUUCAACGCCGUAUCUCUCGACAUGGCCCCCCUCCAGCUUACGACUUUGGCGAGGCUGAAGUCCCCGAGAUACCUACUCGAGAGUAUGCCGGAGUGGAAAAGACGGAAGAGCAGCUCAAGAAGGAUAAUAGGCGUAGCUCGAGCAUGUGGGAUCACAAACUCGUUGAAGUCACCCGGUUCGCGCAGGUCAAGGGCGACACCAUCCUCGAAUCUCCUGCGGACAGCCAGCCGGGAGUCGUGAGAUGGGUCAAGGGUGAACUUAUCGGCAAGGGUUCUUAUGGCCGUGUCUACAUUGCCUUGAAUGCGACAACUGGCGACAUGAUGGCUGUCAAGCAGGUCGAGCUGCCAGCGACAGAGAUUGAUCGACAUGACCAGAGGCAGCAAGGGAUGGUCAAGGCGUUGAGAGACGAGAUCGAGCUGUUGAAGGGUCUCGAGCAUACCAACAUUGUUGCAUACUUGGGGUACGAGACCUCUCCAGAAUACUUGUCUAUUUUCCUGGAAUAUGUUCCUGGUGGGACGAUCGCCUCCAUCUACCGUUCGCUCAACCAGGCUCGAUUUGAGCCUCAGCUGGUCAGGUCUUUUACUGAGCAGAUCUUGGAAGGUCUGGCAUAUCUUCACUCGAAGAACAUUUGGCAUAGAGAUCUGAAGGGAGACAACAUUCUGGUUGACGGUCAAGGUAUUUGCAAGAUUUCAGACUUUGGUAUCUCGAAGCAAACUUCCGACGCCUAUGACUCUUUCGGGCAAGCCACCAACAUGAAAGGAUCUGUCUUCUGGAUGGCCCCCGAAGUGAUGCAUGCCUACUCUGAGCGGUCCUAUUCUGGGAAAGUGGAUAUUUGGAGUCUGGGAUGUGUUGUGCUGGAGAUGUGGACUGGAAAGAGACCUUGGGGCGAGAUGGAGCAGAUUGCAGCGAUGUUUGAACUGUUCAACAAACGCCGCCCACCUCUUCCGGCGGACUGUAUCAUCUCCGCCGUGGCGCUCGACUUUCUCAAUGAAAAGUGUCUUCAGACGGACCCCCGUGACCGGCCCAUGGCGCGCGAUCUGCUCGAACAUGAGUUUAUCAGGGAUCGAGAUCCCAACUGGACGUUUGAGGAUAGCAAGAUAGGAAAAGCCGUGGCGAAGCGGGGGGCGAAGCGGAUGAAAGCGUGA